AUGUCUCCUCCCGCUCCCUUCCCCACUGGCCCCUCGAACCCUCACAAACCUCUUGAGAGCCAGACAAACGCGGGCAGUGAUAUGUCCAUGAUGGUUUUCAUCCAGCCAGACUGCCCGUCCAGGUUUGCCUAUCAGGACCAGCAUCGCAUCAAGGGACUCAACGCAGAGGCAUUGGCGAGGGUCUUCCUACCUGCCCCGUCCUGGAUUUUGACUCCCGAGUAUGCGCAACUUCGGUCAGACCCCGACAACCCCUCCAGCUGCAUCUUCUUCAGCCUCAACCUUUCCAUCUACAAUCAACCAGUCGUUGCAUCAGAAUGGACCGAGCAAUGGUUCUUCAUGAACGGUCGUGUUCACCCAUACGCCUUGACCUGGGAGGUUGAACAGCGAGAUGGCCUAGAGUCGGAUACUGGCGCCAUCACACAAUACACCAUUCCGGCUCUCAUCAUCCGUGAUCAGGGCUACCAGCCCAUUGUCCCCCGAAACUUUGCCUCCGUAGACCACUUCCCCGCUGUCCCUCCCGUUGUCUCGUUCACCGGCCCUGUUGUCAGUUCCGGCCGCACACUGCUACGAAAGGAGUCUAUUCCAGGACUCGACAGCGUCCAGUUGAAGUGCUGUGGCUUCGUUCAACUUUCUACGUUCAUUGCCCCUGGAAACCCUGACAAGACUCCCUUCAAAGGCUUCCAUCCAUUCCAGGUCUUUGUCAUCUUCCCCAUCCAUGCCAAUCCUUGGGUAACCCUGUGCAAGAAAAUGGUCGAGAGACAGGGCACCCAGUUCCAGGCUAACGCGCUUUUCACUUGCACGGGCAAAGUUGUCGGCCUGCUCGACCACAACAUCAUGGCGCACCCGCCCGGCUUUGACCGAGACUACGUUUUCAUCGUCACCCCUACGAAGAAACGACGCCUAUCCCCGGCCUCUUCUAGCACCAUCCCCUCUUCUCAAAGCAACGAGCCUAUCAGAUCCCUCGCGGUUUCGGCUUCCUCACAAGAUGAACUUGAUGUAUCGGAGGCGGAUGUUGCCACUACCUAUCGUCCAGAUCCACCCGCAUCCGAUUCAAUCACAGCGUUCUCGUCAGACUCGCCCCGGCCGCAUCGCAACCGUCAUCCCCCAAAGAAAUAUCAGGAAUUUGAAUAG